AUGAAGCCGAGGCUGUUAAAGUACAUUUUCAUCGGAUUGUUGUUGUCGCUGGGAUUCGUUUGCCUGUACAACGGCUCGCUGUUCGCCAGCAGAUUGCCACGCGGCGACGAUUCAUUCGAGGACGGCGUUGACCCGGUCCGUGGAAGGUUUUUGUUGAAGAAGGAUUCCGGUGAAAUCCACCACGACGAAGACGACGACGAGCGCAUUCUCCAAGUCCCCAGAACCAUUCCAGUUUGUGAUUCGAGGUACUCGGAGUUGAUUCCAUGUUUGGACAGGAAUUUGAUCUUUUACCAAAUUAAACUGAAGGUUAAUUUGAGCUUAAUGGAGCAUUAUGAACGGCAUUGCCCGCCCGCUGAACGCCGUUUUAAUUGCCUUAUUCCGCCUCCUAUUGGCUACAAGAUCCCCAUUAGAUGGCCCUCGAGCAGGGACCAAGUAUGGAAGGCGAACAUACCCCACACCCAUCUCGCGCAAGAAAAAUCGGACCAGAAUUGGAUGUUUGUUGAUGGGGAGAGGAUAAAGUUCCCCGGUGGCGGGACCCAUUUUCACUAUGGAGCCGACAUAUACAUUGCUGCCAUUGCAGGGAUGCUCAAGUUUCCAGGUGAAAGACUGAACAACAAUGGUCGCAUCCGGAAUGUUCUAGACAUAGGCUGUGGGGUCGCGAGUUUUGGAGCUUACCUCCUUCCACUCGACAUAAUAGCCAUGUCACUAGCUCCGAACGAUGUUCAUGAGAAUCAAAUACAGUUUGCCCUCGAGAGAGGGAUUCCAGCUGCUUUAGGCGUUUUAGGCACAAAACGACUACCUUAUCCAAGCAGGUCAUUUGAGCUGGCUCACUGCUCCCGAUGCAGGAUAGACUGGCUCCAGAGAGAUGGAAUCCUUUUGCUGGAGCUCGACCGAUUGCUAAGGCCAGGUGGCUAUUUCGUGUACUCUUCUCCGGAGGUUUACGCGCACGACCCGAAGAACCAGAGAAUAUGGAGCUUAAUGCAAAACCUUCUGAAGAGGAUGUGUUGGAGGGUUGUGGCAAGGCGGGACCAGACAGUAGUGUGGGCUAAGCCUUUGAGCAAUAGUUGUUAUAGAAAAAGGGGAAGUGGUGCCCUGCCGGUUUUGUGUGGGGUAGAUGAUGAUCCAGACGAAGUGUGGAACGUGUUCAUGAAAGCAUGCAUCACGCCUUACUCGAAGAAAAUGCAUCGGGAAAAGUGGAGUGGACUAAAACCCUGGCCACAGAGGCUUACGGCUGCUCCUCCGCGUUUGGAAGAAAUUGGAAUAAGUGCUGACGAAUUUCUGAAAGAUACCGACAUGUGGCGUUACAGAGUGGCUGAGUAUUGGAAAAAUAUGAAAUCCGUUAUACAGAAUAACUCGUUCAGAAAUAUCAUGGACAUGAACUCAAACCUUGGAGGUUUUGCAGCUGCUCUGAACGAAAAGGAUGUUUGGGUGAUGAAUGUUGCUCCAGUUAAUGCAUCUGCAAAAUUGAAAAUCGUGUAUGAUCGCGGGUUAAUUGGAACUGUUCAUGAUUGGUGCGAAUCUUUCUCGACUUACCCACGAACCUAUGACUUGCUCCAUGCAUGGUCGGUUUUUUCUGAGAUUGAGGAGAGAGGCUGCAGCACAGAGGAUCUAUUAAUCGAGAUGGACCGUAUGCUAAGGCCCGAAGGCUUUGUGAUUAUAAGGGAUAAACAUUAUAUAAUAAAUCGUGUACGUAAAUUCUUGGCCUCUUUAAGGUGGGACAAAUGGUUAUCGGAGGUAAAACCCAGUUUCGAUGCUUUCUCCACAAGCGAAGAAAGAGUUCUAAUCAUGAGAAAAGAAUUAUGGAGCUAG